AACCCAUAUGUAUUCCUGUUAACCCUUUGGGGCCUAGUUCCUGGGCCUUUUGUGUAUCUAUAUGCUUUUGCGCUACAGUCCACAGGAUGGAUAUGGGGUGCGCAAUACGCUAGCCCACUUCGGUGGAAAAAUCUAAAGUAUGUCAUUGAUGUCAGCUAGGCCUGUAUACCUUGUAUAUGUACGUGUAGAAAUAGAUAUAUUAUUAUUUUAGCAGCCAGCUAGAGUAAGUGUAGUCAGCGCCAGUUUAGCAGCCAGCUAAUGAGUGUUCGCGCUAUAAAUAGCACACACAGCCAGGUCCAGGGUGGACGCGUCUGGCUCACGACCACGUCCACCGACAGUUUCGUCCACAUCAAACCAACGUAUCAGCAGUGCUGUUUCACCUUGUGUUGAGUCAAGUGUAUCUUAUCGUAGUUACUACUACACCAGCGGUGACAAGAGGUACAUAAACAAUGUGUGAUAACGGCAGUGACGGAGGUGUCAGUCGAGGUGUCAGUCGAGGCCGAGGUCGAGGCCGAGGUCGAGGCCGAGGACAAGGUCGUGGUCGAGGCCGAGGAAGAGGCAUGUGUAACACUCGACAAAAUAUGGAUGAUAAUAUUGAACAGAUAAACAUGACUCUUAAGUCGACUGAUGUUUGUGGGGAUGUGGAAAUCCCAGAAAUAUGCAUGUUAGCAAUAAAUAACAAGUGUAUUAACAAUAACAAAGGCUGCCAGUAUCUCCAUGCAAAAAGCACUUUUCACUGGCAAUUUCAAGUAGGCAUUAAAUGGUUUAAUUUCCUCAUCUUUCAGUCUAAAGUAUUAGAAACUGCUUACCGGAAUGUUGCCAAGGAUAAAUGUCAAAUACUACCUCCCAUUGAUUUAAACAAAUCUGCAUCCUGUGCUAAAGCAAUUUUGAACUUUUUUGGUACUGAGUCAUGGACAGCUAAUUUUAUGAGAAUGUAUAUUAAACACUCAACUGGAAGCAAACUCCAAAUUCGACGGAUCUCAACUAAGUCUGCAGGAGAGUCAGAUAAUCCCAAAGCAACUACAUAUGACUGGUACUUUCUUGAUGCACAAGGCAUAUGGAUUUGUUAUGGUCAUGCUGAUAGUCUGGGAAAUGAAAAACUAGUGUGUAGCACCACGUGUGAGGAUAUUGAGAAACGAUAUUUGUCAGACCCCAGGUCAUCAAUGACUGUAAGUAAUAAAAGAUUCACCUAUAUAUUAAACUUUGCACAGAUGACACAGACUAACCUAACAACAAACAAGGUGAGGCAGAUUCGCCGCCGCCCGUCUAAAGCACCCAUUCAGAAAAAGGUCAUUCUUGACAAACCUAAAAAUUGUCUACCUACUCACUGGAGUCCAAUGACAGACAAGCAGAUCUGUCUCCUUGUGCAGCUAGAUUGUGACAGCUCUGAAUAUCAAAAUGUUAAAAGCCUUUUAAAGCUUACACUUCAUGGGGUCAUCAUCCGGAAUAUUCAGCGACUACAAAAUCCAUAUUUGUGGCACCAGUUGGAAAAUAAAAAGGCAUACUUGUCUAAAAGCUAUGAUAAGAACCAGUUAAAUAUGCAAAAAUUAUUCCAUGGAGUAAACUCUUCUACAAUUGACACAAUAUGUAAUGAAAAUAUUGACUGGCGUCAGGGCACAACGAUUAGACAGGACUUUGGGAAAGGCAGCUACUUUUCAAACAGUGCUGCUGUUGCCCGUGGUCACUGUACCCAUACUAUGAAUGGCCACUUUACAUUAAUAUUGGCAGAAGUCAUCGUUGGCAUGGUGGUUCAAGGUUCACCGUCCCUCACCCGCCCUCCAGCCAGGUCUUCCAGCACACUGUAUGACACAACAGUGGAUAAUGUGAAUGCUCCAGUAAUCUUUGUCAAAUAUGAUAAAGAAGAGUACUACCCAGAGUACAUUAUUAACUUAAGAGAGACUUUCUUCAAUUUAAAUUGAAAGAAAGCCUUACAAGAAUGUAUAGACAGUACAAGAGUGUACAAACUGUACAAGUGUUGUAUUUUAAAACGAAACUUUGGCCUGUCAGUUGUACAUAUCAUGCAAGCAAAUCUUUGUGCAGUUUAAAAGCUCUUUACAAAAAGUGUGGUAGAACAUUAGAUUGGCUUAAAAGAAGUUAGUGAGUGUUACAACCAGUAAAAUAAAACACUUCUACAAUAAAGUACUGAAGAUGGGACACCACCAGCUUAGAUUCUCUCUUAAAGCUUCCUAUAGGUAACCAAAAAUUUUGUCACAGUACAGUAGUAUAUACAAUAUUAGACACGACAGCUUUUUUUAUUAGUUUAUCAUUUCUAUGCAUGUUUCCUUACACCUGCUGUCCCUCUUCACCUAGCGGUAAGUAGGUGUCUGGGUGUUAGUCAACUGAUAUGGGUGGCAUACUGGGGGAUGGUUGUAUUCCUUAGAUAGGACUUGACUUUGAAAUGAGCUGAGGUAGGAUAACAGUCUUAGCAUAUAAAAUUGACUUGUGUAAAGAUUUUUUUUUUUUUGGGUGGGGGGUGGAUAAAAUGGUAUUUUUGCUGGUUAAUAUUUUACAAACAAAACUACUAGUAAAAACAGUUAUUUUGUGUAUCAGAAAUCAUUUUCUUUUUUAAGACUGAGAUGUAAAUAAACAAGUUAUAUUUUACAAUCAUCCACUUAGCCUGGUAAAUAACAGAGACAUCAGCUCCAGACUGAAAAUCAAGAUUUUAGAUAAUAAUAUCCAGAAAAUUUGGAUAACAUGAGUGGCUAUGUGUGCUAAGAAGCCAAGCAAUCAUUUUAUAAAUAUUUUUAAUCAUAAUAGUACUUUAAGCUUUCACUGAAUUUCUAUUGCACUGAUCAAUUGAAGAUUAUUUAUUUGACAAUUAAUAUAAAAUACCACAAUGAAAAUAGGAGAAACACCUGAGUGCUUUCAUGUGCUUACACAUCUUCAUAUCUUCCUCUGAAGAUGUGUGUGUGUGUAAGCAUAUGAAAGUGCUCAUGUGUUUUUCCUAUUUUUGUUGAUAUAUCUGCAAUCACAUGUUUAUUAUGAUUUCCUCCUUGACAAUAUUAUUGUUCUGUAUAAAAUAACUAAUACAGGAGUCCCUCACUUUAUGCAAUAGAUGCAUUUCUGGCUGAUGGUGCAUAAGUGAAAUCACAUAUAUUGAACACAUUAUAACAUGUAAAAGAUAGGGAUUUGGUCUCAGACUUUGCAGAUUCCACAUAUUUUUUUCCAUUAGUUACUUAGUUUCAAUAGAAAUAGAACAAGGUGAGUAAUUAAUUUUUUUAUGGGAGCUGGAGGAAGACUGAAAGAACAGGGAUAAAGUUGGAUGAGCUGGUUUUGUUUGAUAUAGCAUAUUGCUGGUUUAGUUACAUUAUUGAGAUGGUGAUUUUUAACAAUAGCUCUAAAUCGAUUGGCAGCCUGGUGACCUUUCAGUGUUUCAGGCAAUGAAUUCCAGAUCCUAGGGCCUUUUAUGCACGCUGAAUUUUUGCAUAGGGUGAUUUGGAAACGGGGAAUGUCGAAGAGAGUUCUGUGUCUUGUGUUACGGUUGUGUGUUUUUUGCAACUAUCAAGGAAAACUUUCAGAGGGUUUAUAAUGGAGUUUAAUGUUCUAUAUAUAUAAUAAGCACAGUAAUAUGAGUGAAUAUUUUGUAUAUUAAGUAAGUUCAGGCUCUUGAAGAGCAAGGGGUUGUGUUGUCUGGCACAGGAAUGGGCGACAGUCUGCACAGCAGUUUUUUGUUGGGUUAUUAAUUGUUUAAGAUGAUUUGGUUUAGCAGAUCCCUAGGCACAAUUACCAUGGGUGAGGUAAGGAUAGAUUAGAGAGUGGUAUAGUUUAAUGUAUGUUUAAUCUUAAGUCUGUUAAUAAAGGGGAUAUAAAUAAGGUCUUGAGGAUAUCUCUCCAAGAGAGAACCCACAGUAAUGGAUUUAAAUUAGAUAAGUUUAGAUUUAGAAAGGACAUAGGAAAGUAUUCGUUUGGAAAUAGGGUAGUUGAUGAGUGGAACAGUCUACCUAGUUGGGUUA